CCUUCUUUCCUUGUUUGAUCAAGAAUACUUAUGUUGUGAUCAUCCUGUCAACCGAUUGUCGGUUAUUAUAAGCGGGAAAACUACCGUAGCAACAAAUGUUAAGCGCGCUAACCCACGCGCCCACUCUCCGUUUUCUUUGCUCUUCUCCUCAGCCAAAGCCCGUACCUUGUCGCUCUUGCAUGGCGGACUCCUCUCUCGUUCGAAUCGCUGUCGUCGGAGACGUCCACGAUGAUUGGGACCUGGAAGAAGAUACAAAGGCACUUCAAUUUCUGAAGCCAGAUUUGGUGCUCUUCACAGGUGAUUUUGGGAAUGAGAAUGUUGAACUAGUUCAAAACGUUGCUGCUCUCAACUUUCCGAAAGCAGUUAUUUUGGGAAAUCAUGAUUCUUGGAACACUCAACAGUUUUCUGGAAAGAGGAAGGAUCGAGUUCAACUUCAGCUAGAAUGUCUUGGACAGGAACAUGUAGGUUAUAAACGUCUGGACUUUCCUUUACUAAAGCUCAGCAUUGUUGGUGGACGGCCAUUUUCGUGUGGGGGUCAGCAAAUCUUUCGGAAAAGGCUUGUGUCUGCAAGAUAUGGAGUCCAAGAUAUGGAGGGAAGUGCCAAAAGAAUCUAUGAAGCUGCACUUGGGACCCCUGAAGAUCAUUUAGUUAUAUUUCUUGCACAUAAUGGACCCACAGGUCUUGGCAGUGAAUUGAAUGACAUUUGUGGAAAAGAUUGGGUGUUUGGAGGUGGUGAUCAUGGUGAUCCAGAUCUAGCACAAGCCAUCUCCCACUUGAAAGAGACUAGUACCUUCUCUAUUCUACUUGUCGUGUUUGGUCACAUGCAUAAAGAGUUGGCCGAUGGGAAUGGUCUUCGGAAAAUGAUUGUAGUUGGAACUGACAACAUUAUAUACUUGAAUGGGGCCAUAGUUCCCAGGGUUAAAAGACCUAUAAACAAACAACAAGCAGCACAUCGAAGCUCCAUAGAUAAUCAGACCUUGCUGAACGCAUCCAAUUCUGAUGGCACAAAGCGAGCCUUCACUUUAAUUGAGAUAUUAAACGGACAAGUGGAUAAAAUUUCGGAAAAUUGGGUUUCUGUUGUUGGAAAUGAGACGACAUUAGAAGAGGAGCACAUACUAUUUAAAUCUAACGGGCAGUCUUCUCUCUGAUUGGAGGUCAGCUCGAGGCCUUGUAGCUUUAUGAGACUAGGAACAGAAUUAGUCCGCUAUAGAUGACUCUUGGAUCUAGCAUGCCACUCUUCAGCAUGUAGCAAGCACGUGACUUUUAUAUGAACUCUGCAAACAAUCAUUAACACGAAAUAAGAAGUUAUGGCUGUUAUGUUUGGAAAUGUUAUACUAGCUUUUUAAGAACUAACCUGAAGGAUGUAGUUUCCUUAUGUGCAAACUUGAAGCAGGAAAGCACCAGGGCGAUUGAUCAACGCCCUGGCUGGUUUAACUUCA